UGACCACAAACACAGCACAUGACAGACACGAUCAGCACCUAGCUGCUACACACGGUGGUGCUUAUAACUGCUAGAAAGAGUUAUUUCUCUCACACAUUUGGUUUCAUGAAAACAGAUUUAGAAAAGAGUCAUCAGAACUUGCGUUUAUUGAAAUAUGCAACAUAAAUGGUGAUCAUGUAAGUAGUGUUCACAAAAUGUUUUUCUUCACACAAACAUGUUAAAGAUGUUCUUGCAAAGUUGCGAUUUCAGCACGUCAACUUGACCUGCAGGUGGAGCGUUCGGUUGUAGUCUCUUUUAUGAGUGCAUGUUAAACACACAACAGCCAUUAGGUGGCGCUCCUCACACAUGUACAGUUUGUAUCAAGAUCAUGGGAUUGUGAAGAGUCCACUUUUCUCUUUGCAGGAUUUUCACCUCAGUUGGAUGUUUCCCGUAUUUUAACCUUUUGAAUUUUAUUGUUAAUCCCCAAAUAUGCAGUGGGCCCUUUUUUUUUUUUUAUUUUAUUUUUUUUAUUAUAAGUGAUUGUGGGAAUUUUGGGGGAGGUAGGCAGAAUAACAGUACUUCAUAUCACACCCAUCAAACUGUCAACACCUGUAAGAAUGUGGCCUUGGUUAAAAUAGCUGCAGAUAAAUAGCAGCACACCCUCUUCAGUGAAUACCACAGUCUUUAAAGCGUUCACUGAUUUUCCCCAUGCCGCCUAAUUCUGGACAUGCUACUACUUUUUAUAUUGUUAGUGACAUCGGCGUAUUUAAUUCCGUUUUCCAUUUGUAUUGGUCCAGUGAUACUCGGUCUUGUACAAGUUUUUUCCAUUUCUAAAAGACAAAACAUCAAUGCUACUAAAUAAAAUCUAAACGCAAAUACUUGUGCAAAAUGCCUUUUGAUUCUUGAGUUAUAACUUACAGUAUCAAGGAGUAUGACAGGAGGAAGAAGUAAAGUUGGUGAAUCUGACAACAUUUGAAGAUUUUCAAUUCAUUCCUCUGUGCAGCUGUAACCAGAUUAAAUCAGUCAUAAUAACAAUAAAUUAAAUAAGAUGCAUUUUCUUCUCUUUUGAUAAGAAAAACAAUCCUGCAGAUGAUGUAACAAUCGUACUGUUCUGGAUCUGCUGUGUCACAUUUACUGUUCAGUCACUUGUGUUGUGCUUCAUUCAUCUGCUGGUUAGAUUAUAGCAAAGCUGAGACAGCAUGAGUAAGGUGGGUUAAACGGUGUUAUAAGGUUAGUGAAUAUCAUUUACAUGUACAUGUGUGUCUGUGUCCAGCUGUCCUUUAGUUCAGCCAUAAUCCGUCCAACCAUCAAACAGACUGACUUGUACAGAUAUGGAUGGCCCUUUUUUUCAAAGCUUCAAAUACGGGCAUACAGUUCAUAAUCUUCUUAAAAAAACUGCCCCAAUUGAGUAGAAAAGUAAGAUUCGAAUGCUGACAUACUUGUGUGAAGUCAGUGUUACUAAAACGGAGAGAAGGUUACUUGAAAGAGACUUCCAAGAGCUGAGAUCCUCUGUUACUGUGAGGAUCAACCCUAAAAAUACACCUCACCUAAGCUUCUUAAGGGGUGUGCGGUGGGAGUUAGUCUGCGACUGCCUGAUGGACAACACACACUAACGCUGACUCACAAAGUCGAUUUAAUACCUGACAUUCCACACAAGGGCUUGACCUCUUCAAGUUUGCUUUAUGGUUUCUAACCAGCAGUCAGUCUUCAGCCUGAACUGUUUGGCUGAAAGUCUCGACAACAUGAGCGUGUCAAGCCUUCUCAACCUCAGCAACCUGGGCAAGAUCUGCGGCUCCAGCCACAGCAACGACGUGAUAGUUCUGGACCGGGUGAAGAGGAAGAACUCCGUCAGGCGCAUGUCAAUAAUUGAAGACGGUCAACUCGCAGAGGUUCUCUACUUGAUUCCAAAGCAGUCCAUAAUGGAGCAGCUACCGUUCCUCAACCCUAACGACUACAUUCUGUGUGAAAAGCUGGCAGGUAUACCUGCAGAGCUGUCAGUACUACACACCCAGGAUAGCUGCCACCCCUGCCCUCCAGCAGGGAAGAAGGUAAUCUGCUGCUUCAGGUGUGGGGAGUCAUGCAGAGGAGAGGUGCUGCGUGUUCAGAGCAGCUACUUCCACAUAAACUGCUUUACAUGCAAAGUGUGUGGCUGUGAUUUAGCUCAGAGUGGCUUCUUCAUGAGGAAUGGGGACUACCUCUGCCCGCUGGACUUCCAGCGACGUCAUGGCACAGCUUGCAACAGCUGUGGAGAAUUUGUGGAGGGAGAGGUGGUUACGGUGUUGGGGAAGACCUACCACCCAGCCUGCUUUGUUUGCGCCAUUUGCAAACAGCCUUUUCCUGCUGGGAAUUGUGUCACCUUCAUUGGAAGAGACUGCCUCUGUCAGCGCUGUAUGGAACCUGUGUCGCCGUCUCCAAACGCCACCAGCUAUUCCAGCAACUGCACUGGCUGUGGGAGAGACAUCAAGAAUGGACAGGCUCUAUUAGCCCUCGGAGGCCAGUGGCACCUAGGCUGCUUCAAGUGUAAAACCUGCAGGAAAGCGUUGAGCGGAGAAUAUAUCAGCAAGGAUGGAGUUCCCUACUGUGAGAGAGACUACCAGAUUCAGUUUGGGGUAAAAUGUGAAGCAUGUCAGAAGUUUAUAACUGGAAAACUCUUAGAGGCUGGGGACAGACAUUAUCACCCCAGCUGUGCAAGAUGCAGCCAAUGCGACAGGAUGUUCACAGAAGGAGAAGAAAUGUAUGUGCAAGGAUCAGUAAUUUGGCACCCAGAUUGCAGAGAAACCAGCAGAAUGGAGGACAGCUACAGGGUCGGGAGACCUAAAACGCCCUGUCUUGAUUUCUUUUUCCCUCAACAUGAACUGAAGCAAACUAGAUCAUCAUCUGAAAGCUCCUGUUCCAGGCCGGGCUCAUGCACUCCUGGCAGCCCAGGUCGAGCCAUCUGUGCCAAAGUAGAUAAUGAGAUCAUUGAUUACAGAGACUUAGCAGCAAUUCCCAGAGUCAAGGCUAUAUAUGAUAUUGAGUAUCCUGAUAUGAUAUCUUAUAAGUCUGUGAAUGACCACCCCUCUACUUUGGAUGAGAAAGGAAACACACAACACAGCCAAAGAGUCCAAAAAAGUCCUGCAGAGUCACCAGAAAUCAAAACUGAACCCACAGAGGAGAGUUUUGAAAUAAGAACACGUGUACCCAAAUCUAAAAGCCAAGGGCCUUUCGGACUUCAUACAAUGUACCAUCGCCAUAGCUACACUCCAACUUCGUCCAGAUCACCACAACACUUCCACCGACCAGGGUUCCCGCUUUCUUCCUCUUUAUUCUGUGGCAACACUGGCACUUCCCCUCCUUCUCUUUUAUAUCACACCUUUCCCUCUCAAAGCAAAGCAGACGAAAGCUUCAAUGUGUACAGGAGGGCCCCGAUUUAUAAACAGCAAGAUCCAAAUUCCUCGACAUCCCCAGCAUCCUCUUUGCCCGGUCGGAACAGCCUCAGCCCGCCACGGCCAGCUGAUUUCUCCCACUACCAUGACGACAGAUGCAGAGACUUCAGGCUCAUCUAUGACCAUCAGUACCCAUUAACACAAAUGGAGAGAGGAGUGUCUAUGCCUAAUUUGUUGGAACCAAAUAUCUAUCCAUAUGAAAUGCUCACAGUUAGUAACAGAGGACGAGUGAAGCUUCCCAGGGAUGUUGACAGAACAAGACUUGAGCGUCAUCUGUCCCCAGAAUCAUUCCUCCAGAUCUUUGGAAUGGAUAUUCAAGAAUUUGACAGACUUCCACUUUGGAAACGUAAUGACAUGAAGAAGAAAGCCGAUCUUUUCUAAUACAUGCUGUGAAUAUGCGAUGCACGAGUUCCUUUGAACCUGUAUGUUUAUUCCGAUGUAAAAAAUAGCACAAAAAGUAAGGACAUUUGUGGUUGGUUGAUUUUUCUUCUUUUUUCUUUUUAAUUUUUUUGUAACAAUUGCAUUUGUAGAUUCAAUAGCAAAAUAAUUGGUAGAGAAGAUUUGGCAAUUUUUUUCAUGGGCGCAACCCACAGACUGCUCAACCUACAAAUACAUUUUCUUACAAAUGUAGCACCAUUUAAGGGAGAAUAAACAGGCUUUUCAGCUGCAUAAGAUUUGUUGCCAAGAAGCAUUGUUCAAAGCAUCAACCAAACAAAUGUCCUUACUUUCUGUACUAAAUUUAUUUGGCACAGAAAUAUGAAAUGUUUCCCUAAAAACCGGACAGUUCACAAUUAUCCUGGGACACUGUACCUUUAUCACUUUUUUUUAGUUGUUCAUAGGUUAGAGUAAGGAAUAAUAGCAUAAUUAAUAUUAUAAUAUCCAAAACUUAACCUUAUUUAUUUGUGUUUCCACGGGCAGCCGUGUAUCCUCUAGAUUCCCUGCUUAUAUUAAACAACUCCAUAUUUUUAUUCUUGGAAUCUGCUAGAGCAGCUGUUCAUGAUUCACAGUUUUAAAUAAUUUUCCUUUCCCUCUCCUUUAUGACAACUUUCUUCUGGUUCGUAGAUGUCCUCACAACAGAUCUGUGCCUGAGAUGACAAUAUUAAUACAUCAUACAGAGCCAAGGGUAGAAAAAACUGUCAGUGUUUAGUGGGUUAAAGCCUGAACUUCAGACGCAUAGAUAUUAUCGCUUGGAUCAUUUGAAACCAUGGCCUUGUUUAACAUGAGCAUCCACCAUAGUAACUGUAUGCAACACUAUAUGGACAAUAGUAUUGGACCAUGCCUCUAGGAUCACUGAAUUUAAGUGUGGUACUGUAAUUGGAUGCCACUGUUGCAGAAAGUAAUUUUGUGAAAAGCCUUCCCUUCCAGAUAUUGAGUGAUCAGCUCUGAGACAUUUUACGCUACACUCAGCAGGCACUUUGUUAGUGUCGCUCAGUUUGAACUUCAGCAGGUCAUGUUCACCAGCGGUCCCCAACCAGGACGGUUUAUGUUGGACAAUAUUUUCACGGACCGGCCUUUAAGUGGUCGCGGAUAAAUAUAACAAAAUAAAACCAGUACCAGUACCAAAAAAGAAGAAGAUUUAUUCAUAACACACGAGAAAAGACCCAGGGAAACCGAGUUAACGAUAAAAAAAUAAAGAUAAAAACCCAGAAAACCAUAAAUUUCACACCCGAGCCUCAAGUCUCAUGGCCCCGUACCAAACAACUCAUGGACCACUAUCGGUCCAUGGCCUGGGGGUUGGGGACCGCUGAUCUACACCAUGCCUAAAUGCACUGAGUUGAUGCGCUGUGAUUGGCUGAUUAAACGAUUGUGUUACCGAGCAGAAGAACAAAUGUACCUAACAAAGUUGCUGGUGAGUAUAUAAGUAAAACAUACGUUUGCUGGUGAAAGAAACUGAAUAUGAUGAUGAUAUGUUUUCCUAUUAUGUUUAUAGAAUUUAACUCUGUUUCAUACCCAGCGAUAUAACAGAAGUACUGGCAUGCUGCAGGAAUUCCUCAGACCUGAAUGGAUCCUUUAUGUAAAUCCCAUUGAUUUUGUAGUGGCUACUUGUUAACUGUUACAAUCAAGCUCAAAAUAAAGUCACUGAUGCACCAUGA